UAUUAAGACUUUCGUAUUCUGUAAAAUAUAUUCUCUCCUUUGAUGCUAGGUCAUUGAAAACCCCAAGAUUCUUAAGUAGGAGAAAAACAUACACAUAUAUGAUGUUGAUGUGUCAUUACCAAAUAAAAGCACACAUAUUUACAUACAUAAUUUUAAUUUUAAUAUGCCAUAGCUUAAUGAAAUACAUAUUUAGAUCUUUAAAGAGAUGCUUAUCAGCCACGCAGAGUUUACUAAACUUAAAGAUGUUCAGACUCUGAAUUUGCUAAUUUCUCUGUUACUAAGAGGUUGAUUAUCCUUAGCAGCUUCCUGAAUCUCAUCCCUCUCCAACUCUGCAACUCAGUAAAAGAAAGAAAAAGAGAAACUAUGCAUAAGCCCACAGUUAGAGUAAAAAAUAGGUCAAACUCCUCCUCUCACAUGAUUCUUUUCUUGGUUCUUCCAACCUACUCUGCAUUCCUUUUUCUUAAAUCAUCGUGGUACAUUCACUCAUUUCCCUUUUGGCUAUGAGCGCUUUAAGCAUGAUAACUACUGAGCGACUGUUACAGAUGCUGCAACUAUCAUAGGUUCUGCAAGUUUGUGUCUAGAUUCUUAAAUGCAUUUAGUUUAUGACGGCUUUAAGUAUUAAUCAUGGCUUCUGAUUCAAAUCCAGCCUUUGAGGAUACUCUUCAAGCUCCAGUGUGCUGCUCUGCUCGUUACAACUUAGCAAUUUUGGCCUUUUUUGGUUUCUUCAUUGUGUAUGCAUUACGUGUGAAUCUAAGUGUUGCUUUAGUGGAUAUGGUAGAUUCAAAUACAACUUUAGAAGAUAAUAGAACUUCCAAGGCGUGUCCAGAGCAUUCUUCUCCCAUAAAAGUUCAUCAUAAUCAAACGGGUAAGAAAUACCAAUGGGAUGCAGAAACUCAAGGAUGGAUUCUCGGUUCUUUUUUCUAUGGCUACAUCAUCACACAGAUUCCUGGAGGAUAUGUUGCCAGCAAAAUAGGGGGGAAACUGCUGCUAGGAUUUGGGAUCCUUGGCACUGCUGUCCUCACCCUGUUCACUCCCAUUGCUGCAGAUUUAGGAGUUGGACCACUCAUUGUACUCAGAGCACUAGAAGGACUAGGAGAGGGUGUCACAUUUCCAGCCAUGCAUGCCAUGUGGUCUUCUUGGGCUCCCCCUCUUGAAAGAAGCAAGCUUCUUAGCAUUUCAUAUGCAGGAGCACAGCUUGGGACAGUAAUUUCUCUUCCUCUUUCUGGAAUAAUUUGCUACUAUAUGAAUUGGACUUAUGUCUUCUACUUUUUUGGUGCUGUUGGAAUAUUUUGGUUUCUUUUGUGGAUCUGGUUAGUUAGUGACACACCACAAACACACAAGAGAAUUUCCCAUUAUGAAAAGGAAUACAUUCUUUCAUCAUUAAGAAAUCAGCUUUCUUCACAGAAGUCAGUGCCAUGGGUACCCAUUUUAAAAUCGCUGCCACUCUGGGCUAUUGUAGUUGCACACUUUUCAUACAACUGGACUUUUUAUACUUUAUUGACAUUAUUGCCUACUUAUAUGAAGGAGAUCCUAAGGUUUAAUGUUCAAGAGAAUGGGCUUUUAUCUUCAUUGCCUUAUUUAGGCUCUUGGUUAUGUAUGAUCCUGUCUGGUCAAGCUGCUGACAAUUUAAGGGCAAAAUGGAAUUUUUCAACUUUAUGUGUUCGCAGAAUGUUUAGCCUUAUAGGAAUGAUUGGACCUGCCGUAUUCUUGGUAGCUGCUGGCUUCAUUGGCUGUGAUUAUUCUUUAGCCAUUGCUUUCCUAACGAUAUCAACAACACUGGGAGGCUUUUGCUCUUCUGGAUUUAGCAUCAACCAUCUGGAUAUUGCCCCUUCGUAUGCUGGUAUCCUCCUGGGCAUCACAAAUACAUUUGCCACUGUUCCAGGAAUGGUUGGGCCUGUCAUUGCUAAAAGUCUGACCCCUGAGAACACUGUUGGAGAAUGGCAAACCGUGUUCUAUAUCGCUGCUGUUAUUAACGUUUUUGGUGCCAUUUUCUUUACACUAUUCGGCAAAGGUGAAGUACAAAGCUGGGCUCUCAAUGAUCACCAUGGACACAAACACUGAAAGAACCAAUAAAAAAUCCUGCCUCUAUUGAUGUAUUUGUAUUUAUCAUGUAACCUCAAAGUGCCUUUGGUAUUUUAUUGUGUAAGCAUUCUCUGUUUUAAUUAUACUUGUAUUAGAUUUUUAAAACCUAUAAUCGGCCAGGCGUGGUGGCUCACACCUAUAAUCCAAGCACUUUGGAGGCCAAGGUGGGAGGAUUACCUGAGGUUGGGAGUUAAAGACCAGUCUGACCAACAUGGUGAAACCCCAUCUUAAAAAAAAAUAAUAAAAUAAAUAAAUAAAAAGAAGACCUAUAAUCAUGAAAUGUCACUAGUUGCCAGAUUAAUAAAAUGAACUGUUUAAUUAUGAAUAAUAUGUAUGCUAGGACUUCUACUUUAGGUUCACAUACCUGCCUGCAAGUUGGGCAACAUGAAGUAGGAGAGUUCUAUUGAUUUUUUAGGGCCAUACUUAAGGGAAUGAGCUGAAACAGACCUAACCUUUGCUUAAUUACACUAGAUGAUAAUUCUCAGGUAUUGAUAAACACCUGUUUUUGUCCACUUUCCUCAUAAAAAUUGUUGGCUCUGACACUUAGAUCUCAAACUUUAGCAUCUCCGUGGAGCUACCAGCCACCGUAUAAUUUGGCCUGGCAACUGUACUGAGGGGAGUGUGCCCAGGCAGCUGCCAAGCACUCCCUCCUUGGCUUCAGGGCCAGAGUGCCCAGCAUUUAUCAGAGGCAGCAUCCAAGCCCAGAGCCCGUGUUCACUCUUCGGCUGGUGCCCUUCCUCCGAGGGGCUACUAAUGUGUAGAUAAAGCCAUGAGAAGGCAGGAGCAGGGAGAUCCACUGCUGUGGUCUUAAUGCCUCCUCAAACUUUCCCUUCCCAGCACAGAGGAAGCUGUGCAGCAGCCUGCAAAAGAAAAAUCCGAUGUGCAGUCAAUCACAAAUAAGAUCAUCCUGGUUUAAAUCUACUCUCACAUGGACCACAGUAUAAAUGUCUAAGUGCUAUGUUUCGUUUGUUUGUAUUUUGUAGAGACAGGGUCUCACUUUGUUGCCCAGGCCUUUUUAACUCCCAGCUUCAAGCCAUCCUCCUGCCUCGGCCUCACGAAGUGUUGGGACCACAGGCAUGAGCCACUGUGCCCAGCCUCUUCUGUGGUUUUUAAGCUACACAAGAAUUUUUUUUUAAUUAACUUUCACUGUUUGUUCAGUCUGUCUUCAUGUAAAUUUGCAGUUGCAGUUUAAAGUAAAAGACCACAUCACCUGAGACUAGGGUCAUCAUCUUUACUUCUGGUUCCUGAAAUCAUAUUUUUCCAGUGGACCAUCCUCCAGCAGUUGUGGUUGUUGAGCAUGCUUUCAGAGCACCUAUGUGAUUUAAAAUUUAGUUUAUGUUCUGUGUUCAACACUACCUAUAAUGUUUUAAUUAAAACUGUUUAAUGUGACUUGAAUAAUUUAUGUAAAUUUAUUUUUAAACUUGUAAAUAGCUUUAAAUUGCUAUGGCAAUUGUUUCUUUUAUAAAUCAUCAAAAUAAACCUUUUUGAAUUAC